AUAGCGCGCGAAAAUAAUCCACUGGGGAUGUCUGAUGAACGUGGAAGCCUGCAUGCUAGCUAGACACAUCUUGGAUUCUGCUGUUUCGGAGUCAAAUUAUUCCCCGGCAACCUAAAGAGAAGGCGAAAGCAGUAAAGUGUUAAAGAGAAUGAUUGGUCAGAAAACUAUCAAUUCGUUUUUCACGCCUAUUUCGAAAAAGAGAAAUACAGACAAGCUAAAUGGAGACACCAAGGAUGAGCAUGUUGGCCAGAAAAAGAAGCUGAAGACAUCUGACGAUAAGGCGGCUCCUUCGUCAUCUUAUCGUCUGAGCCCAGAACAGCUCGAGCGAAUCGCUCAAAACAAGAGAGAGGCCCUGGCGAAGCGCGACCUUGGCAGCCAAAUACCAGAAGGAUUUGGGGAAAGCUGGAAAAAGGCGCUCGGAGCAGAGUUUUCAAAACCAUAUUUCAAUGAAUUGAUGUCCUUCGUUGCAGAGGAGAGGAGAAAUCACACUGUAUACCCGCCCUCCGACCAGGUGUUCACCUGGACACAGGUGUGCAGCAUUCAAGAUGUCAAGGUGGUGGUUCUUGGCCAGGAUCCGUACCACGGUCCCAGUCAAGCCCAUGGGCUGUGCUUCAGUGUGCAGAGACACGUCAAACCUCCACCAAGCUUGUUGAACAUGUACAAAGAAUUGUCCUCUGACAUAGAGGGCUUCCAACACCCUGGGCAUGGAGAACUGACAGGAUGGGCUCAACAAGGAGUGCUGUUGCUCAACGCGGUGCUCACCGUGCGAGCUCACCAGGCUAACUCCCACAAGGACCGGGGCUGGGAGGUGCUGACGGAUGCAGUGAUCCGCUGGCUCAAUGACAACCUGCAGGGGCUUGUCUUCAUGCUGUGGGGGUCCUACGCACAGAAGAAAGGAGCGGCUAUCGAUAGGAAACGUCACCACGUCCUCCACUCCGUGCAUCCUUCUCCGCUGUCGGCACACAGGGGAUUCCUUGGUUGCAAGCACUUCUCCAAGACCAACGAACUGCUAAAGAAAUCUGGGAAGCAACCGAUAGACUGGACCGCACUUUGAGAUCCGGAUUUUAAGUGCGAAUACUAGCAACUUGUUUGCUAGCUACCAACCAAACCGUAUAAGCUUAUAUGUUUUCCGCCACACUGUGGAGAGUUACUUGGGGUGGGUGUGUGUGUGUGUGUAAAUGUCCAUGUAGUUCCAGUUUGCACAUCUGUUUACAUUUUAUUUUAAGGCUCAUGGUAAUACAGCUGGUUGGAAAUGCUUAAGUAGUUAGGUGAACCCACGGCUGAAGACGGGAAGUAGUAAGUAAGUAGACUAAUUUGGAUAUACUCUUACAUUAGUUCAUGGUUUUGUGUUUCCAAAUAAAUAUAUUGCGUACUUCC